AUGUGGCGCCACAUAUUUCUCAUUAUUACUACCAGAGCAUCCGCAAGUUUGGUGAGAAUUCAUUCAUAUGGUUUGGGCCAUUGCCGAGGUGAAAAAUGGGCUAAACAUAGAAAGAUAGUCACCCCUGCUUUUCAUCUACACAAGUUGAAGAACACGCUGUUCUAUUUUAUCCCUGGAUGGAGAUACUUUCCAACUAAAGCGAACAGAAGACUGAAAGCAAUCUCCAAGGAAAUACAGUCCUUGCUAAAAGAAGAACCAACUUCAGAAGGACUAAAUCACCUCAAAAUUGCAACCAUGAUUCUCCAAGAAGUUUUGAGAUCAUCAAGAAGUUUGGUAAAAAUUCCUUUUUCAGUUUUAUCCCGGGAUGGAGAUAUUUACCAACCAAAGCAAACAGAAGAGUGA